AUGGACGCUUGGUUAAAUGACAACGGCGCACUUGUCGAAUACCCGGGUGUGGCAAUUCCUCCAAGCAAAGAUUUUUACCAUAUUUGCGUGACACCUAAAGAGUUUGUCAUCCACAUUUGGAAGAUCAUUCCUCCCCAUCGAGGUGGAGGUCGCAGCGACCCAACUGUGAUCAAGGAUAGCUAUGAGGACUUUCAGGACGAUAACAAGUUUCACAGUGAGGUUCAAAGAUUGGCUGGUAGUUACAUGCUUGACUAUCUGCUCAGGAUCUGUGAUGGUCAUAUAGAUUAUCUACCACGCCUCCCAGAAAAAGCCCUCAAAAAUAUUAUUCACAACCUGGAGCUUGAAGACUUGAGACACCUGUCAAUGGUCAACAAACAGUUCCGAGAGCUGUGUAACAGCUGUGAGGUUUGGAAGAAGAUCUACCAUCGGUGCAGCGAGACACCAAUAACACCAGAACUGGAAAAUCUUGCCAAGGAGAAAAGUUGGAAACGUCUUUUCUUCACUAACAAACUCCAGUUACAGGUACAGCUUCGCCGCAUGAAGCAGAACCAAGAAGAGUUACCUCCCCCUGGUAGUUAUGCUUUUAUCACACACCAAGAAGAGGAACAAGAGACGAUGUAG